UCCAAAUGUCGUGAGGAAAUCUGAACACACUUGACGAAGGACGAAGUACCGGUAUGUGGAUGGGCCAUUAUGGUGACGAGAAUACCAAUUCCAUGCACGUGGGGGACACAACGACCCCGUCGGCGCGAGCGGAACUGAACAUGAAGGAGAAGCAGCGCAUGUCCAAGAUGAACGAUACAAUCGAGCACCUUCGCAAGGAACUCGAAGCAGCGGGUGUGUCGAGCAAAAUGAACAAGCAGUCGAUCCUGGACAACACUCUGCAUUACGUCACCAUGCUCCAGAAUGACGUCGUGAUCGCCAAGCAAAAGUCCGAGUACGCACUACGCAUGGCGCCGGCCAUGAUGGAGUCGUCGAUAUCCCCACUCGAGCGCUACUUUGACAUGUCCAGCGUUCCCAAGUGCAUUAUCACCACGGAUAUCGCCCUCGUGCGUGCGAACCAGGCAUUCCUCACCAUGUCUGGCUUCACCGAAGGCGCCCUGCGACACCCGUCCACGUUGUUGGCGUGCUUGAGCGUCGACACGUCCCGCCUUCGCACGAUCGUCCGCGACGCGAUGGAAACCCGACAACCCGUGCGAGCGGCAGUUGAAAAUGGAUUUGCGACCUCUCUAUCGAUGAACAAUCUCGUGUUCACAGCGAUUUUCGAUUCCAGUGGAACCGCUGUGGAUUGCAUCGAAGUGGUCGUGGUAGCAUCCAGUCACCAGUACCGCCAGCGACCGCCUACCGGGCACAUUACAGUAUAGCGUACAUACAGUAGUAGUAUGAGCAGCGCACGGAUGUGUGAAUGUCAAUUUUGUCGUCGAAUGUACGACUUGAAUUGUACGGUCAAGUGACUUAGCACCAAAAAACGGUGGGCCAAAAGUACCAACAUAACGUUAGUUGGGAGAAGUAGGUGGCUGGCUACACAUAGAGGGAAUGGAUGGCAGGUGGAGUUUGACUAGUCGAAUUUGUCAGUCAUGUCCAUCAGGGUCAUCAUGUUAUGGGGCAUGUCUAAUGACCAGCACCCGAUCCGCGGGCCUGCGCACCCCGCGAGGGCCUUGGUCGUCCGCAUCACACGCACAUGCCACGAUGGGAAAGUCGGCAUGGCCAUCAUGAACAGACAAGUCUGGCAUCAUCUCGCGCAGGUCCUUCUUGAUGCUGCCGGCGUGGUCGCUGCACGAAAUGUCCAAGAAGGUCAGGGACGGACAGCAGGCCUUGACGCGGUCCGUCCAUGUUGCGGUUGGCUUGCUGCCCCCACGAAUUCCUCGAAGGAUGAGGACUUUCAGCGCAGGCAGUUGGGGCCAUUGGUGCCACAAGUCGGACAGAUGAACCGAGUGACAGUGUGCCAACGACAGGUGCCGCAAGCGAGGCGCGGUUGCUUGAGUGAACGUGACAAUGUCGUUUGCGUCCACAGUGCUACAUCCAGACAGGUCCAGCGACUGCAAUCGGUCGAAACGGCGGAGGCAUGCUGUCGCAUCGAUGGAGCCAGUGCAGCCAAUGUCCAACGAGGUUAGGGAUGUCGGGAGAUGCGUUAGAGUGGUCUUGGGAAGGUUGGAGCACAUGGCGAGAUUCAGAGUCUGGAGGUGUUCUAAGGACGACAGCGGUGUGGGAUCAGUGAGACCACUGCAGAAUGACAGGUCCAGGGACGUUAACGACGGUAGCGCGGCGGAGAUGGUGGCCAAUGCAUCGUUUGUGAGCUUGUGGCACCCGUGCAAGUUGAGAUUUGUGAGCUGUGGCAAGGAGGAUGCAAUUAGUGCGACGGUGGCGUCGGUGGUCGAUGGAGUCCAUUGCAGCGAUAACGACAAGAGGCCGGCGUGGUAUCGACGAAGGACACACUGGGAGAGCAGUUUAUGCGGGCGAAGGGUGGCGUGGAGGUCGAGGGACCUGACAAUGCGCGCCCCGUGGGUCGACAGGUCCCGGCUCACGAGCGACAGCACGCGAAUGAUCACAAAAGAGUCGACAUACCCCGAGAAGAGGGCUUGUGCGAGAGCUUGCACGGCUACUGGUGCUUUCUCGCGCUUCUUGCGAAGGACAGUGGGCGUCUUGGGCGACGGACUAAGGUGGCGCUUUGACAUAUAGUGGUAU